AUGCGCUUCUCAGUAAACGCGAAACCCGUCUCAUUAAGCGAUAAACCAUCUUCCGGGUCGAGUGACGAAUUCUCACGUCCUUGGGCUAUUGUUGGAUGCCGAUUCCCCAACCGCGAGCUUCCUCCUAUCAGUAGCACAUGCUCGCUGCCUGCCCCUAUUCCUCUGCUCCCGUUGCUGGUUGAGCGUCGCGGUCGCCUCUUCGCCAUGUCUACCAUUAAUGUAGAGAAGACAUCAUCGUCCGGUUCCUUUGAUAAGAAGGAUCCGGAAAUUGGUAUGAAGGUUGAACCGGUGUCCGGCGCUGGCAGUGAGUGUAGCGAUCCGAACCUUGGCGGCACUCAAUUGGAUGGGCUCGAAGAAGACUCGCCUUAUCCCGAAGUCCGUUCUGCGGUCGCCAAUACUGACGACCCAGAUAUGCCAUGUAAUACCCUCAGGGCAUGGAUCCUUGGCAUUAUUUGGGCUAUGAUCCUUCCCGGUCUCAAUCAGUUUUUCUAUUUUCGCUAUCCUUCGGUCACAAUCGGUAAUCUUGUCGCUCAGCUCUUGUCAUUUCCAAUGGGUCGUUUCCUCGCAUUCGUCCUCCCACGAAGGCGUAUAUGCGGAAUAGAUCUCAACCCCGGGCCAUUUUCGAUUAAGGAACACGUAUUGAUUACCGUCAUGGCCACCGUAGGCUCAGGCUCAGCAUAUGCAACCGAUAUCGUGGCCGUGCAGCGUGUGUACUACGGCCAAAUUUGGAACUUCGGCUACCAAUGGAUGAUUGUCAUGAGUACUCAACUCAUCGGUUUUUCUAUCGGUGGUAUCGCUCGCCGUUUCCUUGUCGCUCCCCCUUCCAUGAUCUGGCCCGCCAACCUCGUCUACUGUGCGCUUUUCAACACUCUCCACAGCCAGCAGUACGCCGGCGCUGGAAGCAGAGGAGGCAUAAGUCGCGAACGCUUCUUCCUUUUCGCAUUCUUUGGCAGCUUUGCUUGGUACUUCCUUCCUGGCUACCUCUUCACCGCCUUGUCCUACUUUUCCUGGGUCUGCUGGAUUGCACCGAACAACGUCAAGGUCAACCAGAUGUUCGGCGUGGUCCACGGCCUAGGAAUGUCGCUCAUCACGUUCGACUGGUCGCAGAUCGCAUACAUCGGCUCUCCUCUGGCCACACCAUGGUGGGCAGAAGCAAACGUGUUUGGAGGGUUCAUAUUCUUCUUCUGGUUCCUGACGCCUAUACUCUAUACGAACACCUGUCGUAACGUGAAACGGAUUCUGAACGCGGAUGCUACGCUGAACCUGGCGGCAUACAAAGCCUACUCUCCCCUAUUCUUGUCGACUACAUUUGCCAUCUCUUAUGGGUUGUCUUUUGCCAGCAUAACUGCAACCCUCGUACAUGCUUUCUUGUAUUACCGAAAACAAAUCUGGACCCAAGCCCGCCGGUCGCUUUCCGAGCAACCCGACAUUCAUGCUCGUCUGAUGAGUCGUUACCCUCAGGUUCCCGAGUGGUGGUAUGUGGUGAUCUUUGUGCCGACUGUUAUUUUUGGCCUAGUAUCCAUUGAGGUCUGGCAUACCCAGAUGCCUGUCUGGGCAUUUUUCCUCGCUCUUGUCAUCGCAUUCGUAUACAUCAUUCCUAUUGGCAUGAUUCAAGCCAUUACAAACCAACAGGUCGGCUUGAACGUUGUCACUGAACUUGUCAUUGGCUAUGCUCUCCCUGGGCACCCCAUUGCGAUGAUGAUGUUCAAAACCUGGGGAUAUAUUACCAUGGCACAAGCUCUACAGUUUACAUCAGACUUCAAGCUCGGUCACUAUAUGAAGAUUCCUCCUCGCCCAAUGUUCACCGCGCAAGUUGCUGCAACGGUUAUUGCCGGUACUGUUCAACUCGGCGUACAAGCCUGGAUGUUUACAAAUAUUCCCGGGAUGUGUUCUACCGAUCAACCUGAUGGGUUCAUUUGCCCCUCAACAGAGGUAUUCGGCACCGCGUCCAUCGUUUGGGGUGUGAUCGGCCCGGCGUUGCAAUUCUCCAAGGGACAGCUUUAUUAUGGUCUCGUUUUCUUCUUCUUGUUCGGCACUAUUGCACCCGUCAUCCCUUGGGCUAUCACGCGCAAGUACCCAAACUCGUUUUUCAAAUACAUCAACUUCCCAGUCAUUCUCAGUGGAACUGGCGCGAUUCCCCCUGCAAGCGCAAUCAACUAUGUGCCAUGGGCGAUCGUCGGAUUUAUCUUCCAAUAUGUCAUCCGGAGGAGGCAUUUCCAAUGGUGGACAAAAUAUAAUUAUGUUCUUUCUGCUGGGCUCGAUUCUGGAGUCGCCAUCUCCAUUGUCGUCAUUUUCUUCUGUCUCCAGUAUCCCAAGAAUGGAACUAUUGGCGCCAACAACGUCUUAAAUUGGUGGGGAAAUACGGUGUAUAGUAACACUGCUGACGGACUGGGCACGCCAUUGAAAGUGCUCGCCCCUGGCGAGAAAUUUGGGCCUUCAUCGUGUAACGAACGGGCUUUCACUUUACAGAGUGGACCUGACCUGGGUCUGGGCGAAGAAGCCGAUUGCUUGUCAUCCACCGCCUACCCCAAGCAUCCUCUGCCCCCUUCGCUGGUUGAGCGUUGCAACUACCUCCGCCUCCCCUAUCUCUCCGUAAUGGAAAGCAUUGUUAAUGAGAAUACACCGCGGUCAACCCCUUCGUUUGAUAGGAAGGAUUCGGAGCUCGGCGUCAAGCAUGAGCCGGUAACCAGCGAGGUGGUUGCAGAAGUGACCGGCGCUCAAUUCGACGACCCGAAUCUUGAUCCUGGUCGCCUGGGCGAAUUGGAAGAAGACUCUCCGUACCCAGAAGUUCGCUCUGCAGUAGCAAACACAGAUGACCCGGAUAUGCCUUGUAGCACCAUCAGAGCUUGGAUGCUCGGACUUGUCUGGGCUAUCGUUCUUCCAGGCCUGAAUCAGUUUUUCUAUUUCCGAUAUCCUUCCGUUACUAUCGGUAACCUCGUCGCCCAACUCUUAUCGUUUCCUAUGGGCCGAUUCCUCGCAUACAUUCUCCCCGAUGUCAUGGCCACUGUAGGCGCGGCUCAAGCAUAUGCGACGGAUAUCGUGGCCGUCCAACGCGUCUUCUAUGGUCAGACCUGGAAUUUUGGCUACCAAUGGAUGGUCGUCAUGAGUACUCAGCUCAUCGGCUUUUCUAUCGGCGGUAUUGCUCGUCGCUUCCUCGUUUCCCCUCCUUCUAUGAUCUGGCCCGCCAACCUCGUCUACUGUGCGCUUUUCAACACUCUCCACAGUCAGCAGUACGCCGGCGCUGGAAGCAGAGGAGGCAUAAGUCGCGAACGCUUCUUCCUUUUCGCAUUCUUUGGCAGCUUUGCUUGGUACUUCCUUCCUGGCUAUCUCUUCACCGCCUUGUCCUACUUUUCCUGGGUCUGCUGGAUUGCACCGAACAACGUCAAGGUCAACCAGAUGUUCGGCGUGGUCCACGGUCUAGGAAUGUCGCUCAUCACGUUCGACUGGUCGCAGAUCGCGUACAUCGGCUCUCCUUUGGCCACACCAUGGUGGGCAGAAGCAAACGUGUUUGGAGGGUUCAUAUUCUUCUUCUGGUUCCUGACGCCUAUACUCUACUAUACGAACACCUGUCGUAACGUGAAACGGAUUCUGAACGCGGAUGCUACGCUGAACCUGGCGGCAUACAAAUCUUAUUCACCCCUAUUCUUGUCGACUACAUUUGCCAUGUCGUAUGGUCUAUCAUUUGCUAGUAUCAUCGCGACUCUAGUACACGCGUUUUUGUACUACCGCAAACAAAUUUGGAUACAAGCUCGGCGUUCAUUGUCGGAACAACCCGAUAUUCACGCCCGUCUAAUGAGUCGAUACCCUCAGGUCCCCGAGUGGUGGUAUGCGCUGAUUUUCAUUCCUACUGUCAUUUUCGGUAUUGUUGCUAUUGAGAUCUGGCCCACGCAAAUGCCUGUUUGGGCGUUCUUCCUGGCACUCGUGAUAUCUUUCGUAUACAUCAUUCCUAUUGGUAUGAUUCAAGCCAUUACCAACCAACAGGUCGGCUUGAACGUUAUUACUGAACUUGUCAUCGGCUAUGCCCUUCCUGGUCACCCCGUUGCCAUGAUGUUGUUCAAGACUUGGGGCUACAUCUCUAUGGCUCAGGCUUUGCAAUUUACAUCAGACUUCAAGCUCGGCCACUACAUGAAGAUUCCUCCUCGCCCAAUGUUUGUCGCCCAGGUUGUUGCCACAGUUAUUGCAGGCACCACACAACUUGGCGUGCAGGCGUGGAUGUUUACCAACAUUGCCGGGAUGUGCUCUGAGGAUCAGCCUGAUGGAUUCAUUUGCCCGGCACUCAGGUAUUUGGGACAGCCUCAAUUAUUUGGGCUCCUAUCAUCCCAUGGGCAAUUACACGCAAGUAUCCAAACUCCAUCGUCAAGUAUAUUAAUUUCCCGGUCAUUCUCAGGGACCGGAUCGAUUCCACCCGCGAGCGCAAUCAACUACGUACCAUGGGCAAUUGUCGGGUUCAUCUUCCAAUUCUUAAUCAGGAAGAGACACUUCCAAUGGUGGGCAAAGUACAAUUACGUUCUUUCCGCCGCCCUCGAUUCGGGUGUAGCGAUGUCUAUUAUUAUUAUUUUCUUCUGUCUUCAAUACCCCAAGAACGGAGCGAUUGGCGCGAACAACGUUUUAACGUGGUGGGGGAAUACGGUGUAUGAUGAUACUGCAGAUUCGUUAGGAACUCCCCUCAGAGUCCUAUCUCCGGGUGAAAAGUUCGGUCCAUCCGUUUGGUAA